CCAGCAAAGGGAAGAUAUCUUCUGGGUGGUCACACUCUCUCAGCCUCAGAGAGAGGCUGGCCAUGGCAAGCUCCCUCUGAAGACAGGGCUCCUAGAGGCUGCUGGGGGCAUGGAUGCCAGCCUGGGGGCCCAGGAGCUGUGCCAGGCGGCUGCCCGAGGGGACUCAGAGGCGGUGAGGAGGCUGCUGGAGAGUGGGGCUGACCCCAAUGCGGAGAAUGCCUUCGGCCGGACCCCGAUCCAGGUGAUGAUGAUGGGGAACCCACAAGUAGCAAAACUACUACUGCAAGCUGGUGCCAAUCCCAACAUGCCAGACCGAACUACAGGCUCCCUCCCAGCCCAUGAUGCUGCCCGCCAAGGCUUCCUGGACACCCUGAAGGUUCUACACCACUGGGGUGCCCGCUUUGACCUACCAGACCGAUGGGGCCAUCACCCACUGGACCUAGCCCGAGAGAGUGGACACAGCCAAGUGGUCUGGUACCUCCAGGAGCAAUUGGGCUGAACCUCUUCACUGAUCCUCUACAGGAGCA